AUGUCAAAGAAACCCAAGAAACGGGGCUGCAAGGUCUGGGUCAGGCCCAGUCUGUCUUACAAAAAUGAAAAUUUGAGGUCUGACCCACCUGAUGCGCAGCAAACAAUUGGAUUCUUGUUCGCCGACAAUGGCUUUGACGUCUGGGCCAUGAACACGAGAGAGGCCAAGCCGUACAUAAGUCAUAUCACACUGUCCCAACACGAUCCGGAGUUCUGGAAAUUUAGUUUUGACGAAAUGGGGCGCUACGACGUGGCUACUUGCAUCGACCACGUUCUGAACGCCACCGGGGCUACCAAGCUAACGAUAGUGGCGUUUUCCCAAGGAGUCCUCGCAAACCUCGUUCUUCAUUCAGUCAGGCCCGAAUACAGCGAAAAGGUCAACCUUCUCGUAGCCUACGGUCCUGUCGCCAAUAUCACCCACAUUGAGCCUCCGUUUCGUUGGCUGAUGCCGAUUAUUCCGAUACUUGAGCCUAUUUUGUACCCGUUCACCGAGGCCGGCUAUCUCGGUACGUCUACAGGACUACGGGAGCUUAUUUCGGCGGUAUGCAGAAUAAUCGCUAACCCCCUCUGUGCCGCUUCAUUCACGAUAACAGCAUUUGCCAGUCCGGAACAACUCAACGAGACAAGGAUGCCUGUCUACGUGGGUCACAUUCCCACCGGAUCGACCUAUCAAAACUUUCUGCAUUAUCAUCAGAUUUACGAGGCGAAAAACCUGGUGAUGUUCGACUACGGAACGGUCAAAAAUCGUCGCCUAUAUGGCCAGGCAAAGCCACCACCGUACCCGUUGGAGCGCAUAAGAGUGCCAAUUGCUUUGUUCCCUGCACCAGGAGACACGGUGGCGACCUCAGCCGACGUCUCAGACCUUGUUGACAGGCUCGGCGAAAACGUCAUUUUCGAGCACGUGCUUCCGGUGCCUACUUUUCUCCACAUGGAUUUUGCCAUCGGUUACAAGGCGAACGACAUCUUGCACAACAUCGCCAUCGAACUUAUGCAGAAAUACGCCGACGAAGGUCUUUAAAGAGUCACUCAAGAGAGAAAUAUAAUAGGCCUGUUUAUCAGAACCCUUUUACAAAAAGAAAGGUUAAUUGAAAAGAUGCUCAGUAAUCCAGAAAUAAAUCAAAAAACGAAAAGCAUGCGGUGACACCCCUUGAAGUUUUCGCGCGAGCCCGCCAUGACAUCGCAAAUCUUGGAAUGCUUGUUCGGGUUUCGUUAUUUUUUGAUUAUGGCCAAAGCCGCAAUUACCCUACACCUUUAGAGCUUUGUGUACACAUCACGUAUAACGACCAACAUAUUUUGAACAAAUAUA